GUUCGUUGCCAAACCAUUGAAAAAGUGAACACGGAAGUGGACAGUGACCAAGACAAAUGUCCACGUUAGCGUUUAUAUUGUUAUUUAGCCAUAUAUUGACACCCUGGAACUCAGAAUAUGACUCAUUUAACUGCACACUAUCAUACUUACCCCUGGUAGUCUUUAAUUCGCGUUGUUUAAUUCCUGUUAUCUAGGUAACGCUAACUAUUUAGCUGCUAAUGCUAGCUAACUAUGAUUUUUCAUACUCAAAUAGCCUCCAUUAUGGAGGUGCUAGCGAAUGCAGCCGUGGCAGAGGUCUGUAAACUGGUAGACGACGACUAUGCAGUGUUUCGUUUGGAAAUAACUCAAAGCCAGAAAGAAAACAGUGCAUUGCAGAGGAAACUACAGCUUCUGGAACUGAAGAUGGCACGAGAGCGCGUCCUAGCCAGUCGUUCCAGUAGUGUCAAAAUCCUUGACCGAUACAGAGGAAUGGCAAGAGGUGAAGGACAUCUCACUGGAGGCAACAGGAGCUUUGUGAAGCCAACGGGACACAAUACAUGGAGAGAUGACCAACCAAUCACUGUUGAUGAGGGGAGUGGAACCUCAACUCAGCAUGUUAUCGUGAUAGAGUCUGCAAAUGCAGAAGCUGCAGGUCCUGGGGUCAAGCUGGAGAGGUCUGAAGGAGAUGAGGACCCACGACACAGCAGAGACAUCCAGACUGGAGCAGCGCAUGGAGUGGUGCCCCCUGUAGCCCCCGAGGACCUCACCACCGCUGCCAUGCCCCAGGCUAGGACCCGAUCCAGCAUCACGGAGGAGGAGGAGUGUCCAGAGGUGCUGCUGGUGAAGGAGGAGGGGGGUGAGGACGGUCUUGGUAACCAUGGUCAUGGAGGACAACCAGACUACACUUCCUGAACCCACAGAGGAACCAGUUGAGCAGCACAGGACCACAUACAGUCUCACUGAGUCAGUAGACAUGGAGGAUGGGAAGAUUGAUCUGUGGCUAGUCAAAGAGGAGACUAUAGAAGACAGACCAGAGAGUAUUGACCUGCUGAGUGGACUAAAGAUGGGGGAGCAAGGUAAGGGAGAAAUACAUAUAGCCUACAUACAGUAAUAUAUCUUAGUGAUAAGCCUGGCUAUUAUUUUUCUUCAUUCAUUCAUAAAAUGACAUUGACAUAAUAUACAACUUAAAGUAUGUUUAAAAACAAAAACACUCAAUGUAUGAACUUGACCAGAUAAUUGACACAACAUUUUUUUUAAAUUAAAAGUUCUCCACCAUGUUUUUUAAGUCUAACCUCUUCCUGCAAGUGGUUGGCUGGAGGAUAACAGAGGAGAAUGGGCAGCCUUCUUGGAUUCCCAGACUUGUGCAACGAAGGCCCCUGGGGAUUUUAUUUUUUUAUUUCACCUUUAUUUAACCAGGUAGGCCAGUUGAGAACAAGUUCUCAUUUACAACUGCGACCUGGCCAAGAUAAAGAAAAUCAGUGCGACAGAAGAAACAACACAGACUUACACAUAAACAAAUGUGCAGUCAAUAACACAAAAGAAAAAUAGAAAAAUCUAUGUACAGUGAGUGCAAAUGUAGAAGAUUAGGGAGGUAGGCAAUAAAUAGGCCCUAUAUGCGAAAAUAAUUUCAAUUUAGCAUUAAUACUGGAAUGAUAGAUGUUCAGAUGAUGAUGUGCAAGUAGAGAUACUGGGGUGCAAAAGAGCAAGAGGGUAAGUAAUACUAUGGGGAUGAGGUAGUCGGGUGUGCUAUUUACAGAUUGGCUGUGUACAGGUACAGUGAUCGGUAAGCUGCUCAGACAGCUGAUGCUUAAAGUUAGAGAGGGAAAUAUAAGACUCCAGCUUCAGAGAUUUUUGGUGACAUCAACAAGCAGGCCAGGACCAUAAGCGACAUAGAUGAAAACAACACUGUUAACCAGAAACAGACAGUCAAAACAACAACGAAACUUAGUCUUCAUGACAACAGACUGCCUGAGACCAGGGCGAUGCGUAGAUGUGGUUUGCGGGGACAGGGAGGUGUCCAUAUGAGAACAGACAGAGACUUGGCAUGCGAUUCCCCGGUCCUGCCCCUAUAGUCCUUAUUCAGAGAGACUGAUGACGCCUCAGGUUAACCCCCUAACAGGUGCUGCCUUCAGCCUGCCUUAUAUAGGAUCUAUCAACUGGAACAUGGACCCUGUUACAACACAGACACUCCCUGGCCUUCGUCCUCCUCACACUCUCCUUCUGUUAAACCAGACCUCAGACAAUGCCAGUGCCUCAACACUAAAUGGCAACACAAGCCCAUUGACAAAUGACAGUAGUAGUGACGCUAUCAGUAGAUCUGGUGGCAAAGAGAAGCGCUUCCCAUGUUCAUUCUGUGUGAAAGUCUUCAGUUUCCCCAAAUAGGUGGAGAUCCACCAGAGGAUGCACACAGGGUUGAAAAUCUUUCAGCUGCCGCCUGUGAGAAGAUGAUCUCCCACCAGCACCAGCUGAAGAUGCACCAGAAAGUCCAUAAGGGAGAGAGGCCGUUGCAUGUAUAGACAGUGGGGAAGAGGUUCUCAGAGAGGAACCUCUUCAGGAUACACCAGCAGAAAAUGCACACGGCCCAUGUAUAGUGAUAUGUAAUGUUGUACUUGUUAGUUUGUAGUUAAUUCUGUUGGUUUGGGAUGUAGUGGGGAACUGGAUGAGGUGAACUGAGGAAAGAAUGAGUAUGAUGAGGCAGAGUAGAUGAUAUGGUUGGUGUGAUGGUGUCUAAAAAUGCUUCACUGAUGAAAAGUGACAAUCUUGUCCAGUUGUUUGAUGCUGGUGUUUUAUAAUGAGGAAAUGAGUGCCUAUGUUUACUUGACAUUAAGUAGUGUGUUAUAAAUGUCAAUUUUAUCAAAAGUGAGGGUACCAGGUUUACAGAAAAGGUCAAGUGUUACCAUAGUGAGAAGUUAUUCUACGUAUUGUUUUGUGCAAUAAAAGUACUGUACUUCAUGUUAUGUGAGCAUAUGACCAUUUUGUUUAAAUACAUUUUUUCCUUAUCUCAGUCGAACCAAAACAUACUUCAUUUUUGAGUCAACACAUUGCCAUUAUUUUUUAUGAACUCCAAUGACUAUUGUUGGGUACUUGAAUCAGUGUUAGAGAUGGGCUUGACUGGUUAACGUUUUAUAAUAUGUUGUUUCUGUGUGUACAGCAGAGUUUCUUAUAUAAACCUUUUAUGUGCUUUUCUGUUCAGUCUGCAGUCCAUGAAGACCUGCUGAUAUCUGGUGUUGCUGGCGGGAGAGACUGGACCUCUGAAGCGGCUGGUCACAAACCCUGACCCCGGACCAGGACCCUGGAUCAGAAACCGUCCCUCUUCCUUCCUAAGUCACAACCAGGACCGAAACACGAGGGACAGAGACUCCACCACCACACAGAACACAACCGGUGGACUGAACAACCUCAGUCCUGGUGGUCAUCAGAGAGACUGUGGCCCCACCCUGGGCUUCAGCCUUCACAGAGACUGGUGGUAGUCUAUCAGCAAGUCUGUCUUCUCCGACAGGGUCUUGUUUAAUGCCUGGUGACUGGGUUCAUAGAAAGUCUGAAGCUGGACCUAUGUCUAGCCUUCCUCAGUUACCUCAUGGUUACCCCACCAAUACAGACAUGGUCAGGUUGCACGUUCACCAGAAGAGUUACAUAGUCUAUAACACAGCACACAAUCCAAACAACAUCCAGUCAAGGAGUGAGCUCAAAGACUAACCACCUGAACCACCUCUGGUGUUAUUGGGUCACAACAUGGGAGGCCGAGCAUUAGGACGGACGCCGACAAGCCGUAUGCCUGCCCCAUAUGUGGAAAGCGCUUCGCUGAGGCGAACUAUGUGAAGGACCACCAGACUGUUCACACCAAGGACAGGCCCUUCAAUUGUAAGCUGUGUUAAGGCGUCUGCAUGCUUCCCAGCCAAAACCGUUUGGAAGAGUUUGUGCAUAUAUUAUGAGGCGAGCCGAAGUCUACGCCCCUUUGUCAGUUACUGGUCAACAGUAGAGAUUCUUCAUUAAAGUCUUUGUCAUUCAACGAGAGACGACUAGUUGUGCACAUUUUUACAUUGAGAUAUACAGCACCAAACAUCUUAGCUGUGAAAUUGCGCAACUAAGAUCUCGGCAAAAGCGUCCAAUUUAAUGACAUAUUUCUUGAGUUAUCUUAGAUUAACACAGACUAUUUUGAGGAAGUGUAGACUGGCUACAGCAUUUCAAAAUGGACAAAUGGUACUAUUGCUGUUUUUUUUUUUUUUUUUUUUCAAGCUAAGGUUUUAAGGGAGCACACUUGUUCGGUUAGGCGCCACACGAACUGAAGAAUGCUGACGCCUUUACAAGAGCUUCUCCUUCGGGAGUAACCUUAUCUGACACAGGAGUGUCCACAAUGGGGAGACAUUGUAGCACUGUGGCUUGGGAUGUACACAGGGGUUUUCUGGGAACCAUUCUUUAGCUGACAUUAUUAUAGUUAUCAUAUGAAGUGUCUUGGGGUAAGAGGGUAAUUAACCACAUACCCCUCAUUAACCCUUAUUUACCUUACUGAGGUCAUUUCGAUGGAAUAAAGUAAUUAUAUUAUUUUGUACUGUAUUCUUGCCAACACACUGUUCUUUCUAAUCAAAUCUGCUCUGAGCUUGAAAAGUGGUGAUCAAAGGAGAUUUGAUGUAAGGUAAUAAGCUGUACCGUAAUUCAAAGAACAGUGCGCAAUACCUUUUUCAUUUAACCACACCUUUGAGCUAUGACGCCAACAAAUAAAAUGCUUUGUCUUCAGUGUAA